AUGGCUUUGCAACAAGAGAAAGUAAUGGCCAUUCAACAAGAGGUUGUCAUUGAGGAGAAGGAGGAAGAUAGAGGACCUCCUUUGGAAAAAUAUGCUCACCAUCCUGCACUCAAGGACAUGCUUCUUGAAUUAUCCAAGCAGAAGGCUCAAGACCAAGACAUGAAAGAUUUGAAAGAGAUUGGGAAAGUUGUUAUUCCAACCAAGCUUAAGGAUCCAGGCUCAUUCAACCUACCUUGCUCCAUUAGCUACAUGCACUUCAACAAGUGCCUAUGUGAUUUAGGAGCUUCAGUGAGCUUAAUGCCAUACUCAGUGGCUGAGAAGUUGCGAUAUGAAUAUUUUAAGCCUUGCAAUCUCUAUAUUGGGCUAGCAGAUGGAUCCAAGAGGGAUGUGCUUGGAGUGAUUGAAGAUAUAUCCCAGUAA